CAGAGUCCCAGUCUAUGGCUAUUCUCCCUCGGAUCCACAACCCAUACCACCAUAAAUUGCUCCCUCCAGAGAUCUGGAUGUACAUCACUGAUUACUGCACCAAGACCUCCCAGCGGACCUGCUUAUCCUCUCCAGGAAUUCCACAGCCGCACAAUCCAGCCUUGUUCCGCGAGAUCAUACGGGACGAAGAGCUGGAAGAAACGCGCUCGUCGAGGGCGUUUGGUGUUCUGCGCCGUAUCACCCUCGAUGCUUCAUUUGCCAGCGCGGUGAGGGUCCUCGAGAUAGAAGCAUACAUGAGGAAUGGAUCCGGAGGGGUGUUUGAAAAUUGCUGCUUGGUUGAAGCCAUCCAAUGCCUUCCCAACCUCGAACGCUUCAUAUGGAAGGGACGCACCCCGUCGCCAUCCAUCGGAGUAGUCGAUGCCCUUGCUGCGUCGUGUCCGAGGCUGCAAGGCCUCAACCUGCCGUGAGUGAUGCUGUUGCGAACUGUAUUUCUUCUUCACCAGACCAGCUAGCGUCAGCUCGCUCGGAGGCCUCUUGCAGCAGAUCACGCAUCUCAGUCUGCUAUUUAUCCGUGACCUUGGCCAUCUCGAGGUUCUCCUGCAGAACCUGCCUCACGUCCAGUCACUCACACUACAGGCCCUGCGAGAUGACCAAGAAGAGCAGCUCUUCGCCGCAUUCAAGCACGGUCCCUUCA